AUGACUGUUCCGCCGUUCAACUGGUGCUUUGCGCCACUCCCUGGUGAAAUGAGCUCGUCAUCCUCUCCAAAUGCGGUCGAGGAUCCUACCAACUGCCUCUAUCCCUCUCCGACAGUUUGCUCCGAGGCGCUCCCCAAUCCGCCGCGUCUUAUCGGCAGAAGCAGCUGGCCACAUGUUCACACUUUUUUCUGCGAUAUGAUCGCGUUCGCCAGCAAUCGGACCCAUCUAAGUUGGCUCCCUUCCCUCGAGGUCGUGAUCGUGGAACACCUCAAAGCGGUUGUCUCGGACGAGAACUGUUGUCCCUAUUCCCCUGCUGCUCGACCCUCUAUUCCGCCGGUUACCUCUUCCACCAUUUACGCUGCCAUCGAGUGUCAGUUCUUCCUCAACACCCUCCAGCAUGAAAACAACAAGACAAACUCGCUGUUUGCCUGUAUAUGUUAA